AUGGGUGCAACGACAGAAUCGGAAGGUAAAUGGUUUACAUCUGAAAGUUUGAUUAUUUUCAUGUCCCAUUUGGGUAUUGUCGAUCGCUUUUUUCAAGCCGCACUAUUUUUAAAAAAUAUUUCAUUCCAAUUUAUUUUUUGUGGUCUCCAGAUUUUACGUCGUGAGAAUAACCUAUUUCUAAUUUUAUUUUCCGUCAUAUCUUCUUCGCUAACUAACCUUACAUUUACUUACACUUCGCUUGAUUGCUCCUAUUCUCUACAUCUUUUUCUGAAAAUGAUACUCAUGUAUUUUCUUCUAAUUCUCGUUGACCUUCUGACUUUUUGUUAG